AUGGUACUUUUACAUGGAAAAUUAGUUAUAGCUGGUGAUAUGACUGUUGGCAAAACAGCUAUUUGCCAUGUCGCUGCAAAUGAUGCAAAUGCAUUUCCUAAAUCAUAUAAUUGUACAAAUAUGGCCGAUCUUGUUCCGAAACAAAUUCGAGUACCAGAUAGUGAUGAUACUGUGGAAUUUUUCUUAAUUGAUAGCGCUGGAAAUUCAAUUUAUCUUGAUUCUUUAAGAGAUAUUUGGGUUACUAUGGAUAUGUAUUGUAUUGUGUACGACAUAACUAAUCGGAAUUCUUUUAAAAAUUGUGGCAUGUGGCUCGAACAAUUAAGUCAAUCACGUGGUGAUCACAAUGUAUUUGGCGUUUUAAUUGGCAAUAAAAAAGAUAAAGAAAACUACCGAGUAGUUUCAACGCAAGAAGGUAAACAAUUGGCUACGAGUCGAAAAUUGGAGUUUUUUGAAUGUUCAGCUAAAGACAAUAAGGGUAUUGCAGAGAUUUUUAAAUAUCUAGCCAGUGAAUUCGUUGGUCGCUAUCGAAAACGUAUAAAAACAUUGGAAAAAAUGGGGCGUGAUAACUAUUAG